AUGAGUGCGGACUUUUCUAGUGAUUAUUGGAAUCCGGGCUACUACACGCCGAGAAACAACAAUUUCCUUUGCGAUCAAAGAGUUUCUGGUUACACACAUGAUUCAGGUGGUUAUCAAGGUCAUAUGACUUAUCCCUUUAUUAAUGAGACGCCGACCUACCCAAUAAAGGAAGAACCAACUUAUAACAACUGUAGAUUCAUAUCGAGUCAAGGCUAUUCAAACUUGGAAACACGAACGGAUAAUUCUUUGAGCCCAACACCUAUUAAUCAAAACUUUACGAGUAAUUUGAACCAGUUUGACAGUUGUAGACAAGCUUAUUCAUUAGCAACGAAUUCUCCGCCUAAUGACUCAAGUCCCAGCUCAACAUUGAACAAAUCCGAUGAGUCAACGUCCAAGGAAGACUCGCCGGCCCUUAGGGCACUGCUAAGCAAACCUGGUGGUAAGAAAAUAACGUAUGAUUACAGAGAUUUGCAUAAAAGUGCACAAGAUGGUUAUAGUGGACGUGAAAAGGGGAAUUUUGAUUGCGACGAUAAAGACUUAACUUCGUUCAAUGAAGAUGAGGGAUCUGCAGAUGUGAAAAGUGCCGAAGAUCAAUUGGCGGCUGUUCAAGGCAGUUUUUAUCCAUGGAUGAAGAGCUCGCAUGCAUCAGAUUCAGCAACCAAAGGAAACAAGCGAACUCGCCAAACGUAUACCCGCUACCAGACCUUGGAACUCGAAAAAGAAUUUCACUUCAACAAAUAUCUCACCAGACGUCGACGGAUCGAGAUUGCUCACACACUGUGUUUAUCAGAACGACAGAUAAAAAUUUGGUUCCAAAACCGCCGAAUGAAGGCGAAAAAAGAUGGUAAAUUCGGUGUCCAGCUACAAGAAUUUGGGCAAGAUGAUGAUAUAAACAUGAACCAGAACAUAUUCACAAACAAUCCAAGCUUUCCUGAAGGAUACUAUGCCACUAGUGCAGAAGGACGAGUCGAGAAAGGGGCAGAGAUAUCAACAGUCGGUAAGACGAGAAGCUUGUACGAAGAUGAUAUCGCAAGACCGCUGACUGCUUUGAGGAAUAUUCCUGGACCACCUCUGUCACCAUGA